UGUUUGCAGUGUCUGAGCUGCUGCUGCUCACAGGAGGACAAACCCUCUCUCUCUUUCUCUACCUCCGUCUCGCUCUCUCUUCCUCUGUUUCCUGCACUUUUUCUCUGCAGCAGAGUCUUCUCCUCUUACUGGGCUUGAGUGUGUGUAUGUGUGUGUUGACGGAGGAUUGGUGGAGGAUCACUGAAUGGAGGGAAGGUGUGACAUUUGAGGACAAUGACAUAAUGGAUGGAGAGAACACAGGAGCAUGAUGCUGCGUCUGCUGAGCCAGCGAUUCCUGCGACCACGCUGGUGAAACAUACACACAGAGAGAGAGAGGGAGUCUGCAGCUCUUCUCCUAUGUCUCUCACCCUCUCCAUCGCUCAGUCCUGGAAGUGUUGAAGAAGAGAAUCGUCAUCUUCCUCUGAGUUGAGCUCAAAUUUGGAUUAUUUCUCUACAGUAUUAGAAGCUUUGGUGCUUUUGAAACUCAGGUUUGAAUCACUUGAGAUUAUUUUAUUCACUUAAAAACUCAUUUAUUCAUCUGUAAACUGGAGUUUAUUCUCCUGGAUGCAACUCAGUCCUGUUGGAAGCUUUUCUCUGCUGUGAAGAACUCAUCACACAACAAGUCAAAUCUAUUUUCCUGGACAGAAUCGAAUCCUGUUGAAACUUGAGCUUCGUCCUGUUGCAGAGAAAACUAACACUCUGAGCUCCAUUCAACUGGAAACUGAAGUUUCUCUUCGAUGCCUCUGUGGACUCCUCUACUCUAAAUCAACCAUCGUCCUCUUUGGAGUUUCACCAUGGAGCUUCAGAGCGCCAGCAGCGGUCUCCCCGGUCCCCUUUCGCUCUCCCCUUCCUCAGACUAUGCCGGCCCUCUGUCACCGGACUGCCCCGGCCCAUCUUACGCUGAGAGCCAAGGCGGGGGGCUGAGCCCGAGUCUCAGCCCCAUCAGGGGCCCCAGCCCGAGCCUUGGAUUCUCAGCUCAGGCCGCCUUCAACUACAACCAGCUGGAGGGGAGGUUCAAACAGCUUCAAGAUGAGCGCGAGGCGGUGCAGAAGAAGACAUUCGUGAAAUGGGUGAACUCACACUUGUCCAGAGUCUCCUGUCGCAUCACCGACCUCUACAUGGACCUGAGGGACGGACGCAUGCUCAUCAAGCUGCUGGAGGUCCUGUCAGGAGAGAGACUGCCCAAACCCACCAAGGGUCGGAUGCGGAUCCACUGUCUGGAGAACGUGGACAAGGCUCUGCAGUUCCUGAAGGAGCAGAGGGUCCACCUGGAGAACAUGGGCUCCCACGACAUCGUAGACGGAAACCACCGCCUCACCCUGGGCCUCAUCUGGACCAUCAUCCUCCGCUUCCAGAUCCAGGACAUCAGUGUGGAGACGGAGGACAACAAGGAGAAGAAGUCGGCUAAAGAUGCUCUGCUGCUCUGGUGUCAGAUGAAAACAGCCGGAUAUCCAAACGUCAACAUCCACAACUUCUCCACCAGCUGGAGAGAUGGGAUGGCCUUCAACGCGCUCAUCCACAAACACAGACCCGACCUGAUCGACUUCGAUAAGCUGAAGAAAUCAAACGCUCACCACAACCUGCAGAAUGCUUUCAACCUGGCCGAGCAGCACCUGGGCCUCACCAAGCUGCUGGACGCCGAGGACAUCAGCGUGGACCACCCUGAUGAAAAGUCAAUCAUCACCUACGUGGUGACUUAUUACCACUACUUCUCUAAGAUGAAGGCGCUGAAGGUCGAGGGGAAGAGAAUCGGGAAGGUCCUGGACAACGCCAUCGAGACGGAGAAGAUGGUCGAGAAGUACGAGUCUCUGGCGUCCGACCUGCUGGAGUGGAUCGAACAGACCAUCAUCAUCCUCAACAACAGGAAGUUCGCCAACUCUCUGGUGGGAGUCCAGCAGCAGCUGCAGGCCUUCAACACGUAUCGCACCGUGGAGAAACCGUCAAAGUUUACAGAGAAAGGGAACCUUGAGGUUCUGCUGUUCACCAUCCAGAGUAAGAUGAGAGCCAACAACCAGAAGGUUUACACUCCACGAGAGGGAAAGCUCAUCUCUGACAUCAACAAGGCGUGGGAGCGUCUGGAGAAAGCGGAGCACGAGCGCGAGCUGGCUCUGAGGACGGAGCUGAUUCGUCAGGAGAAACUCGAGCAGCUCGCCCGACGCUUCGACCGCAAGGCCGCCAUGAGGGAGACGUGGCUGAGUGAGAACCAGCGGCUCGUCUCUCAGGAUAACUUUGGAUUAGACCUCCAGGCCGUGGAUGCUGCAACUAAGAAACACGAGGCCAUAGAAACGGACAUUGCAGCAUACGAGGAGCGAGUUCAGGCGGUGGUUUCUGUGGCGAAGGAGCUGGAGAAAGAGAAUUACCACGACAUCAAACGCAUCACGGCCAGGAAGGACAACGUGAUCCGGCUGUGGGAAUAUCUGCUGGAGCUGCUGAAGGACCGACGCCACCGACUGGAGCUGAACCUGGGUCUGCAGAGAGUCUUCCAGGAGAUGCUCUACAUCAUGGACUGGAUGGACGAGAUGAAGAUGCUGCUGCUCUCUCAGGAUUAUGGGAAACAUUUGCUGGGUGUUGAGGACCUGAUGCAGAAACACGCUCUGGUGGAGGCGGACAUCAGCAUCCAGGCCACUCGGGUCAAGAACGUCAACCUGAACGCUCAGAAAUUCGGCAGCGACUCCGAGGGUUAUAACCCGUGUGACCCACAGAUCAUCAGGGAUCGAGUGGCUCACCUGGAGUUCUGCUACCAGGAGCUGAGUCAGCUCGCGGCUGAACGGCGAGCUCGCCUGGAGGAGUCCCGCCGCCUAUGGAAAUUCUUCUGGGAAAUGGCUGAAGAGGAGGGAUGGAUCCGAGAGAAGGAGCAGAUCCUGUCCUCCGAGGAUUAUGGGAAGGAUCUGACAGGUGCGCUGAGACUGCUGAGUCAGCACAAAGCCUUCGAGGACGAGAUGACUGGGCGAGCGGCUCAUUUACAGCAAACCAUCAAACAGGGAGAUGAGCUGGUGGCCAACAACCACUUUGGAGCCGAUAAGAUCAAAGAGCGAAUCCAGGACGUCCAGGAGCAGUGGGCCGCUCUGGAGCGUCUCUCUGCCGUUCGUAAAGCCCGUCUGCAGGAAGCCUGCAACCAGCACCAGUUCCAGGCCGAUGCUGACGACAUCGACACGUGGAUGUUGGACGUGCUGCGGAUCGUCUCCAGCGUCGACGUCGGCCACGACGAGUUCUCCACUCAGGCUCUGGUAAAGAAACACAAAGACGUUGCAGAGGAGAUCGGGAGCUACCGGCCCGUCAUCGACGCUCUGCACGAACAGUCCCACACGCUGCCGCCCGAGAAGGCCGACUCUGAGGAGGUUCAGAGCCGGCUGGCCGGCAUCGAGGAGCGAUACAAGGAGGUGGUGGAGCUGACGCGCCUCAGGAAGCAGGCGCUGCAGGACGCUCUGGCGCUCUACAAGAUGAAGAGUGAAGCCAGCGCCUGCGAGGUGUGGAUCGAUGAGAAGGAGCAGUGGCUCAACAGCAUGGAGAUCCCAGAGAAACUGGAAGACCUGGAAGUCGUCCAGCACCGGUUCGAGAGUUUGGAGCCGGAGAUGAACAGUCAGGCGUCCCGGGUUGCCGUGGUGAACCAGGUUGGCCGGCAACUGAUGCACAGCGGACAUCCCAGCGAGAAGGAGAUCAAAGCCCAGCAGGACAAACUCAACACCAGGUGGAGUCAGUUCAGGGACCUGGUGGACCAGAAGAAGGACAGCCUGAACUCGGCUCUGGGCGUCCAGAACUACCACCUGGAAUGUAACGAGACCAAGUCCUGGAUCAAGGAGAAGACCAAGGUCAUCGAGUCCACUCAGGAGCUGGGGAACGACCUGGCCGGCGUCAUGGCUCUGCAGAGGAAGCUGACGGGAAUGGAGCGCGACCUGGCCGCCAUCGAAGACAAGCUGGGAGACCUGGGAAAAGAAGCAGACCGGUUGGCCACGGAACACCCGGAGCAGUCAGACGCCAUCAAGGGACGUCUGGCUGAGAUCAGAGGCGUCUGGGACGAGAUGAAGGACACCAUGAAGAACCGGGAGGAGUCCCUGGGCGAGGCCAGCAAGCUGCAGCAGUUCCUGCGCGAGCUGGACGACUUCCAGUCGUGGCUGUCGCGCACACAGACGGCCAUCGCCUCCGAGGACAUGCCCAACACGCUGGCCGAGGCCGAGAAGCUGCUGACCCAGCACGAGGGGAUCAAGAACGAGAUCCGCAACUACGAGGAAGACUACCAGAAGAUGCGGGACAUGGGCGAGAUGGUGACACAGGGCCAGACGGACGCACAGUACAUGUUCCUGCGGCAGCGGCUGCAGGCGCUCGACACCGGCUGGAACGAGCUGCACAAGAUGUGGGAGAACCGACAGAACCUGCUGUCACAGUCUCACGCUUAUCAGCUGUUCCUCAGGGACACCAAGCAGGCCGAGGCCUUCCUCAACAACCAGGAGUACGUCCUGGCUCACACUGAGAUGCCCACCACUCUGGAGGGCGCCGAGGCUGCCAUCAAGAAGCAGGAGGACUUCAUGACCACCCUGGACGCCAACGAGGAGAAGAUCAGCGGAGUGGUCGACACCGGCCGCCGCCUUGUAGCUGACGGCAACAUCAACGCCGAGCGCAUCCAGGAGAAGGUGGAUUCUAUCGACCAGAGACACAAGAAGAACCGAGCGUCUGCCAGUGACCUGCUGAUGAGGCUGAAGGACAACAGAGACCUGCAGAAGUUCCUGCAGGACUGUCAGGAGUUGUCCCUGUGGAUCAACGAGAAGAUGCUGACGGCCCAGGACAUGUCGUACGACGAGGCCAGGAACCUCCACAGCAAGUGGCUGAAACACCAGGCCUUCAUGGCCGAGCUGCAGUCCAACAAGGAGUGGCUGGAUAAGAUCCAGAAGGACGGGCAGACGCUGAUGUCGGAGAAACCAGAGACGGAGGUGAUUGUGAAAGAGAAGCUGUCGUCCCUGAAGACGAUGUGGGACGACCUGGAGUCGACCACCCAGACCAAGGCCAAGUGUCUGUUUGACGCCAACAAGGCCGAGCUGUUCACCCAGAGCUGCGCCGACCUGGACAAGUGGCUGGGCUGCCUGGACGGACAGCUGACGUCCGACGACUACGGCAAAGACCUGACGUCCGUCAACAUCCUGCUGAAGAAGCAGCAGAUCCUGGAGAGCCAGGUGGAUGUGCGUCAGAAGGAGGUGGAGGAGCUGCAGGGCCAGUCGCAGGCGCUCAGCCAGGAGGGGAAAGGCUCCGAGGAGGUGGACGGACAGAGGAUCAGCGUGGAGAAGAAGUUCAACUCCCUUCAGGCGCCGCUGCAGAAGAGACGGGAGAACCUGAUGGCCUCCAGGGAGAUCCACCAGUUCAACAGGGACAUGGAGGACGAGAUCCUCUGGGUGGAGGAGAGGAUGGCUCUGGCCACAUCGACCGACCACGGAAACAACCUGCAGACUGUACAGCUGCUGAUCAAGAAGAACCAGACGCUGCAGAAGGAGAUCCAGGGCCACCAGCCUCGCUACGACGACAUCUUCGACCGCAGCCAGCACAUCCUGAAGGAGGACGGCCCCAGCGCCCAGCUGAUCCGCCAGCGGCUCGCCGGGCUCCAGGCGCUGUGGGAGCAGAUCAGGAAGGAGACGGAGAAGCGCCACGCCCGCCUCAGCGAGGCCCACGAGGCCCAGCAGUACUACUUCGAUGCAGCCGAGGCCGAGGCCUGGAUGAGCGAGCAGGAGCUGUACAUGAUGUCAGAGGAGAAGGCCAAGGACGAGCAGAGUUCUGUGGCCAUGCUGAAGAAGCAUCAGAUCCUGGAGCAGGCAGUGGAGGACUACGCCGACACCGUCCACCUGCUGUCCGGCACCAGCCGAGGCCUGGUGGGCGCCGAGCAUCCCGACAGCGAGCGGAUCGGGAUGCGUCAGUCUCAGGUGGAUAAACUCUACGCCGGCCUGAAGGAUUUGUCAGAGGAGCGUCGGGGGAAGCUGGACGAGCGGUUCCGUCUCUUCCAGCUCAACAGAGAGGUGGACGACCUGGAGCAGUGGAUCGCUGAGAGGGAGGUGGUGGCCGGAUCCCACGAGCUGGGACAGGACUACGAGCACGUUACCAUGCUUCAGGAGCGUUUCAGAGAAUUUGCCCGUGACACUGGGAACAUCGGCCAGGAGCGCGUGGAUGCUGUCAACCGCCUGGCGGACGAGCUGAUCAACACCGGCCACGGAGACGCCGCCACCAUCGCCGAGUGGAAGGACGGCCUGAACGAGGCCUGGGCCGACCUGCUGGAGCUCAUCGACACCCGGACGCAGAUCCUCGCGGCCUCCUUCGAGCUCCACAAGUUCUACAACGACGCCAAGGAGAUCCUCAACCGCAUCCUGGACAAACAUAAGAAGCUGCCGGAGGAGCUCGGCCGCGACCAGAACACAGUGGAGACGCUGCAGAGGAUGCACACCACCUUCGAGCACGACAUCCAGGCUCUGGGAACACAGGUGCGGCAGCUGCAGGAGGACGCCGUCCGUCUGCAGUCGGCUUACGCUGGAGACAAAGCUGACGACAUCCAGAAGAGAGAGGGGGAGGUGCUGGAGGCCUGGAAGAACCUGCUGGAGGCGGCGGAGGGCCGGCGGGUGAAGCUGGUCGAGACUGCAGACAAGUUCCGCUUCAUCAGCAUGGUGCGGGACCUGAUGCUGUGGAUGGAGGACGUCAUCCGUCUGAUCGAGGCCCAGGAGAAACCCAGGGACGUGUCUUCGGUGGAGCUGCUGAUGAACAACCACCAGGGCAUCAAGGCGGAGAUCGACGCCCGUAACGACAGCUUCACGUCCUGCAUCGAGCUGGGCAAGGCUCUGCUGGCCAGGAAGCACUACGCCGCAGAGGAGAUCAAAGAGAAGCUGUUACAGUUGACUGACAAGAGGAAAGAUAUGAUUGACAAGUGGGAGGACAGAUGGGAGUGGCUGAGACUGGUCCUGGAGGUGCACCAGUUCUCCCGGGAUGCGGGCGUGGCGGAGGCGUGGCUGCUGGGUCAGGAGCCCUACCUGUCCGGCAGGGAGAUGGGCCAGAGCGUGGACGAGGUGGAGAAACUCAUCAAACGCCACGAGGCCUUCGAGAAGUCGGCCGCCACCUGGGAGGAACGCUUCUCUGCUCUGGAGAGGCUGACCACGAUGGAAUUAUUGGAAGUGAGAAGAUCGCAAGAGGAGGAAGAGAGGAGGAGACAACCCCCGCCCACUGAGGCUCAGAGCGCCGAGGCUGCUGCACAGCACAGGGAGGGUGAGCAGGUGUCUCAGAACGGGCUGCCGUCCGACCAGGAGUCUCCCAGGGAGAACGUUGACGGGGGCGAAGCGGUGAACGGGGUGUCGGAGCCCAGCCCCGCGGGGUCUCCUGGGGCGUCUCGCAAGGGCAAGGGCAGCCAGGCAGCGACACUGCCGGCCAAGAGCCAGCAGGACGCGCCCACGUCCCAGCUGGAGGGCUUCCUGCACCGCAAACACGAGUGGGAGGGUCAUAACAAGAAGGCUUCAAGCAGGUCGUGGCACAACGUGUACUGUGUGAUCAACCAGCAGGAGAUGGGUUUCUAUAAGGACCAGAAGAGCGCCAGUCAGGGGAUCCCCUACCACAGUGAGAUCCCAGUCACCCUGAAGGACGCCGCCUGCGAGGUGGCGCUGGACUACAAGAAGAAGAAACACGUCUUCAAACUCAAAAUCACUGACGGGAACGAGUAUCUCUUCCAAGCCAAAGACGACGAGGAGAUGAACACGUGGAUCUCGGCCAUCUCUGCAGCUGUGCCGGCCGAGAAGGCGGAGGUCACGCCCAGCAGCCACAGCACGCCAGCCCCCGCCGCACGCGCUCAGACGCUGCCGGCCUCCGUCGCCUCAACAGCGGUGGAGUCCAGCCCGGGCAAACGUGAGAAAGACAAGGAGAAGCGCUUCAGUCUGUUCAGCAAGAAGAAAUAGACGCUCCCUCCCUCUUUAUCUCCCUCCCUCCCUCCCUCUCUCCUUCCUAUCUCUCUCCUCCACUGCUGUUUGGGGGCGCUCGCCUUCGUUUAUCAAUCUUUGGUCCAAUUUUUCUUAAAGAUGUCAAUUGACCAAAGUUUCGAUUCCAGAGUUUGCUCAUAGCAGCUGAUUCGGUCAUAACGCAGAAUAAACAGAGCCAUUUUUAAAUAAUUAAUAAAUUUGACCUCAAAACUGGAUUUCAAUUUAAUUUAAACUGUAAAUAAAUAGUAACGAUGGUAACAACAUCCGUUACAACAUAAGCAGUCGCUACAACAAAUAUAAUCCCAAACAGCCGCUCUUCCUCCUCCUCCUCCUUCCUCCUCCUCUUCCUCUCAAAGCGUGACUUCAGCAUGCAAGCUCCGAGCCAAAACUCUCCACUCUGUGCCUAUCAACCGUCCGGUCCGGCUCAGAGCUACAAUUCAGCUACAACACACCACCUGUAUCCUCUGUUCAGUUUUUGUAAGAUAAGGAGCAGGGAAAAACGAAAAAGGAAAGUGAAUUAAUGAAUAAACGGGGGGGGUUCUGCUAAAGCUUCAUGCAGCUGCUGCCAUGAAAAUAAAAGCCAGAGUUUGCCGCUGAACAACAACAACAACACAAUGUAGAGGAGUUCCCCAAAAAUUCCACUUUAUUAUUCUUAUUGCUGUUAUUUGUGUUUUCUUUCUCCCACCGUUUCAUUUCUCCUCUCUGCUUCCUCCUCCUCCCGGCUUCUUUGUCCACUACUGCCUUCUGUGGGUUGUGUUUACGCUCCCCGGCUGUCUCACCGUCUUCUUCUUUUUGUUAAGCUCGUAGUUUAGUUCCUGUUCGGGUCCAUCCUCAGUUUUUGCAGAGGCCUUGUCUUUGCAAGAUGACGUGUAUCCCUCUGUGGUGGGGAAAACUGAGACCACAGCGGAGUGAAGCUCCAACUUUACAGCCGUCGUCGCGUCUGUAAUCUGAGCUGAGAAGUCGUCAAAGUUUUUAAUGAGCGGAGAAAUCAAAUCUGCAGAACAGAACGACAUCACGGGUUCUGAACAGCGUUUUGUGCACUGAACAAUAAUUAAAAUACUCAACCUUAAAAAGUGGAUAAUUAUUGUGUUCUGUUGAAUUUCGGUGCUGUCUAAUUCCUGCAAAAAAUAAACAGGAAGUGGCUGUAAUUUUGAGCGUUACCCCGCUGUGCUUUGAACUGUAUGUAUAACUUGUGUAUAACAAACUGUUAAAAAAUAAACCUGUGUUUAAUUUCA